AAACGAAAUAUUUUCAUCAAACAGAUACACGCUGUUGGGGGCCAGCGGAUGUGGCAAGACAACCCUGUUGUCCUGUAUCGUCGGAUUACGUUAUCUCGACAGUGGAGAGAUGUGGGUCUUGGGGGGAUCUCCGGGCAGUGUGGGCUGCGGAAUUCCAGGGCCUCGGGUGGGUUAUAUGCCGCAGGAUACAUCUUUAGUCGAACUGUUUUCUACGAGCAAUGCUCUUUAUUACUUCGGCAGGAUCAAUGGGCUUGACGAUAAGGAGAUCGAAACGAGACAUAGGUUUUUCUCGGAAUUGUUCCAACUGCCUCCAGCAAAUCAGUUGGUGAAGAACAUGAGUGGAGGUCAACGAAGAAAGGUUUCCUUUGUCGUCGCAUUGAUGCAUAAGCCCGAACUUCUAAUUCUCGAUGAACCCACCGUAGGUUUGGACCCAAUUUUGAGAGAAAACAUUUGGGCUUAUCUGAUCAAACUAACACAGGAGGAAGGCACCACCGUAUUGAUGACGACGCAUUAUAUCGAAGAGGUUAAAAAAGCUAAUACACCAGGAUUCGAAACUGGGACCUCCCUCAAUCCGGCACGCAGGACAGGGUAGAAAAAGACGGUAUAU